AUGAGUGUCCCACGGCUGCUGAAGAAAGUUGGCCACCCGAGGAUGCGUGCAGUCGCCCUCACCCCGAUAGGAGGGGCGGUUGCCGAGGCCCAGGAGGCUUUUCACCUGCAGACGGAGGUGUGGAGUUGGGGCCGUUGCGAGCACGGACAGCUGGGACAUGGAGACACUCUGGACAGAUUACAGCCGCUGUGCAUCAAGAGUCUGAACAAUAAGGAGGUGGUGCUGGUGGCGGCCGGCGCUCAUCAUUCCCUCGCUCUGACUGCUCAGUCUCAGGUGUUUUCAUGGGGAAGUAACAGCUCUGGUCAGCUUGGACACAUGGAGUCACCCAGCACCGUCCCCCGCCUUGCAAAGCUAUCGGAGGGGAUCCGGGUCUGGGAUGUAAGUGCCGGAGAGAGACACACCCUCCUGCUCGCAGACGGAGACUGCAUCCAGCCCAUCAUUUAUUACAGCGGACAGCAGGUGAAAGAGGGGGCAGAAGAGAGCCAGCUGGGUCAGCAGGAGGAAGAGGAGCAGUGGGCUGGCGGCUACACCCAGCAGCCUGUACUACUGCCCUUCUGCAUGAACCUGCGUUAUGUGAGCAGUGUGUUUGCGGGGGGACAGCGGUGCGUGGCGCUCUCGGACCAGAACGUGAUGGGCUUCAUCGCCAGCCUCCAUGAGCUGGCGUCAGCCGAGAGAAAGUUCUACUGCAAGCUUUGUAACGUCAAGACACAGAUCAUACGCCCCCUGCUGGAGCUGGAGUCUCUGAAUUCGGCCCUCAGCCCAGUGGCCCUCGGUCUCCUGCAGACUCUGGCAGGCCAAUUCAGUCUCUUGUGUCAUCUAACUGGGCAGCACGCCGCCAGCCUCACCGCAAACCUGCGCCGCGGCCGCAAUGUCAAGAGCCUGCUCAUCCUCGACUAUGCCAGCAUCUUCCUCGACUCUCACCAUGAGUACUGCAGCGCUGUGGGCAACUUCCAUGUAAUGGGAGGUUUCCAGACCCUGAUCAAACCCUCUCUAGAUUUCUUUGGGAAGAGUGCUGAGCUGCUUCAGAAGCUGUCUGAGUGCAGCGAGGAGAACCUUACCAUGGCGGACCUCCUGGUGGCACUCUUCUAUCUCCCAACUCCCCACCUUCAUGAAUACAGCCGGUUGCUGCUCAAACUGGCCACCUGCUUUGAAGUGUGCUCCAAUGAGUACCAGAGGCUGCAGGACAGCUGCUCAAAGUUCGAAGCGUUGGCCCUCCAGCUGAAGAGAAAAAGGAAGGACGCCAACUACACCUUUCAUUUCUGGAAGAGCUUCCCUGGCAAAAUGACGGACUCGCUGAGGAAGCCUCACCGCCGGCUGAUCUGCGAGAGCAGUAACAAAGCUCUGACCCUGCAGAACGCCGGGAGGUUUUCCGUCAACUGGUUCAUCCUUUUCAACGACGCUUUGGUCCAUGCCCAGUUCUCCACACAUCACAUCUUCCCUUUGGCCACACUUUGGGUGGAGCCAAUCCCAGAGGAGAACACUGGCCUAUAUGGGUUAAAGGUCAUUGCACCAGAGGAGACAUUCACCCUUCUGGCAUCCUCUCCCAUGGAGAAGGCCAAGUGGCUUUGCUCCAUCAACCAGGCGGUAGACCAGGCCCUGAGUGGGGCGGGGCAGGACACGGCAUCAGUCAGCUCAGGGUCGGGGCAGAAGUUAGAGCCUCCAAUCUCCAGGAUGGCCUCUUACACCUUUUAUAAGGACGGACGGCUGAAAGAUGCAACAUAUGAAGGACGCUGGCUUGCCGGGAAGCCAAACGGCAGGGGAGUGUUAAAAUGGUCUGAUGGGAGGAUAUAUACAGGGACGUUCAAGAAUGGACUGGAGGAUGGCUUUGGUGAAUUUGAUGCUCCCAAUAAGACCCUCAACAAGAGCGAUCACUAUCAAGGUCACUGGAAAGAAGGCAAGAUGCACGGCCUGGGGACAUACAGGUAUGCCAGCGGUGAAGUUUACGAUGGAUCCUUCCAGGACAGCAUGCGACACGGCCACGGCAUGCUGCGCAGUGGCAAGCUCAACACUUCCUCCCCCAGUGUCUUCAUUGGCCAGUGGCUGCAGGACAAGAAGACCGGCUACGGAGUCUUCGACGAUAUCACAAAAGGAGAGAAGUACAUGGGCAUGUGGCAGGACCACCUGCGGCAGGGCACCGGGGUCGUUGUCACUCAGUUUGGCCUGUACUACGAAGGAGCCUUCAAAGAUAAUAAGAUGAUGGGCACUGGGAUCCUCCUGUCAGAGGACGACACUGUGUACGAGGGGGAAUUCUCUGAUGACUGGACCCUCAAUGGAAAGGGCGUCCUUACCAUUGCAAAUGGUGACUACCUGGAGGGCUCCUUCAGUGGAGAAUGGGGCUCUGGCCUCAAAGUGGCGGGGUCCUACUUCAAACCAAACCUGUUUGACACCGAUAAGGAGAAGACCCGUGCCGUAAAGCUGGGCCGUCUGUGUGUGUGUGCAGAGGAUAAGUGGCAGGCGGUGUUUGAGGAGUGUUGGAGCCAGCUUGGCUGCGAGGCGCCUGACCAAGGAGAGAACUGGAAGGCUUGGGAGAACAUCACUGUGGCCCUCACCACCAGGCGACAACACAUCCAGGACAGGAGCCACAGCAGAACCCUGGAUAGUCUGGAGGUCAUCCCACAGCACGUAGGUCCGAUCACCAUGGAGCGAUACAACACCAUUCGCCUCUACCUCAUCAAGGCCUGUGACACACCCCUCCACCCGCUGGGCGGGCUGGUGGAAACCCUCGUGGCAGUUUACAGGAUGACCUAUGUGGGUGUUGGAGCGAAUCGUCGGCUGCUGCCUCAGGCUGUCAAUGAGAUCAAGUCGUACCUCAACCGAAUCUUCCAGAUUGUCAGGUUUCUUUUCCCAGACCUGCCAGAAGAGGGCGGUCUAAUUCCAGAGCCGACCACUAUCCUCCAGGACAAGAAGGAGCAAGGCUCGACCGAUGCCCCACUGGAGUCACCAAAACCUAUCCGUGUGGUGAGCAGCUCAGCUCUGCUGCUCCCCGUGCUGCUACCUCGUCUCUACCCGCCACUCUUCACCCUCUAUGCUCUGGACAAAGAGAGAGAAGACGACAUCUACUGGGAUUGUGUCCUCCGCCUCAACAAGCAGCCUGACCUGGCACUGCUCGCCUUCCUGGGCGUUCAGCAAAAGUUUUGGCCUGUCUCCAUGCCUGUGCUGGGGGAGAAACUGCAGGUUCUCUCCAACACCAAGAACAUCUGCUUCGCCUCUGCAGUGGAAACAUUACAGCAGAUCAGCACAACGUUCACCCCGUCAGACAAGCUGCAGGUUAUCAAGCUCACCUUUGAGGAGAUCACCCAGGAGGUUCAGGCUCUGCUGAAGCAGAACUUCCUGUGGUCAAUGGAUGACCUAUUCCCUGUAUUCCUCUAUGUGGUCCUGCGUGCACGGCAAGCGUUGGACCACACAAACAGAAUCAGGAACUUGGGGUCAGAGGUCAGCCUGAUUGAAGACCUGAUGGACCCUUGUGUUCAACAUGGAGAGCAUGGCAUCAUGUUCACCACACUCAAGGCUUGUUACUACCAAAUCCAGCAUGAGAAGAUCACUUAAGAACUGGCGUUACUUCCUCAGUGAUCUGCAUGCUGCCGUCCCACCUACCAUCACAGCCGAUCACAGGGCCAGUAUCAGAGAGGCUUCAGGCACAGCUCCAUCUGCUGCCCACCCACCCACACACACACACACACACACACACACACACACACACACACACACACACUUUAGCCCUUUUAGUGACCUCUACCGGCUGCUUAUCCACAGAUCAUGAAGGUACACAUGUGAAUAUGAAUAUUGUCAGUGUUCUACUGCCAGAGAUGAGCCGCUUCAUACUGUUCAGUGUAAAACAGCAGAAAGACCGAAUGACUGAUGUAGGUGACAUUGUUACCUGGAUUUUUUUGUGCCAGUGGGAGUGGCACAUUCUCUGGCGUUCUUAAGUGACCUGUAUCUGACUAGUAUCUAGUACUGUGAGAUACUAGACCUAAUUUUUCUUCCUUCAGAAGAAUAAAUUUUUCGCAAGACGAUCCAUCACAGAAAAAACAUGUUCCUUUUCAGCCUUAAGUGUUUCAGAUCGUUUCACUUCUUUUUAUUCACUUCAUGAAGAACCUGACAUAACGUGGAAAUAAUCUCCCAAAAGCAUGCCGCUUUAUAAACUGACUUACUUUUUAUUUGGUGUCUUUCUCAGUAGUGUGUUUACAGCUAGCUCAGUUUUCAAAUGGUUUCUUUAACCCUGAAACACACCUUCAACAAACGACACAGAGGUGAGAUUCAGACUUUAUCAGAAGUGUUUUCAAACCAAUAUUUUCCAGGUUUACAAGAGAAAAAACUUCAAGGAUGAACUGGUUGGUUUGGCAAGUGCACGUCUGGUUAAGUUUCCCACCUCCAAUAAAGAGCAGCUCACAGCCGCUUCCCUGAUUCUUUCCUAUGGAAACCACAGGCGCUAGAUCUGAUGCUGUAUUUAUACAAAACAAAUCCUGUAUAGAGUGAAUUUGGUAAACUCUAAAUGAUUAUAAUAUUUUUCUGUUGCACCAGCUGGGAGCAGAAUACAGUUAAAGCUAGUACGUGGCUCAAUUAGUUGAUUCUGCCAGCAUCUUUAGCCGCCAACGAGCUACUCCACCUUUAAGAAGUAAUGUUGCUGAUAGAAGAUUAAAAUCCAGUGUGACGAACCGUGACACUUUCAUCAUGACUUGUUUCUGCAGCUCAACACUUAACAGACGUGAAUCUAUUGAAUACAUGCAAAACCAGGCUGAGAAAAUGUCCCCUUUUGAACACAGAGCAAAAGCUAAGUGCAGUGAAAUAUAUAUGUUUUUCCUAGAGAAUCGGACAGCUACUUGUUUCUGAGCCCAGUUUUCAGUAUUAUGAGUAUUGACUUGGUGCUGGCAAAAUCUGAAAAGGUAUGGGCUUAAAAUCAGCGUCUUUAACAGUUUUGGACUUGACAAAGAAGUCAAAAGCCGCAUCGAAGAAUUUGUUUGUAUUAAUUGUAUUGUUGGGGGGAAAUCAAUCAUUGCAGACUAGGAGAGAAGUCAGCACAUUUUUCAUGAAACUAAACACUAUUUGAAGGUCUUAAAAUCUGUUAAUCUGUAAAACACAGUAUGCACAAGGUAAAAUGUUGGAUUUGUCCUGCUGCAGGUGAUGAGUGAUGCAGUCGGUUUAAUGCAAACACUGUUUUUAUAGAUGGGAUGCUCAAAGCUGAUGCGCCAUCUGUUAAUGCUAACUGUUCUUUUUUAAACCAUUUACAGCAUUGUCAGAUUUGCGUCACACAUGGCAGUUUAUAAAAGGGCUUAAGAGGGGACUCAGAGGAUGAUGGAGCCUUUUUUAAUAUCAUGGCUUUUGUUUUCUCAGGUGGUUUAACAAUAGAAAAGCCAGCAGAUCAGAGGCCUCUUUUUCAAGUGACUAAAUUUAGAUGAAGCUGCUGUUUUUCCCUGCAGGAUUUUAAAAAUCUAGCAACAGAAAAUGGUUAGUAUGUAGAUCUGAAAUUUAAAGCUGCUGUCGUUAACUUUGGCUGUGAUAUAAGGUUGAAGUUUGAGGUCACACACUUUCACAAAUAAAUUUGAAAACAAAUGUAAUUUAAAUUAUUCUUUAAACUGUAAAAUGUAUCUCAACAGAUAUUAUGUAGUAAACAUCCCAGUGUAUCACCAUUUUGAAUUGGACUUGUGUGACUUGAUUGAUGAUUGUGAUAAUGCUUUCCAUCCCUGGUUAUCCUGGGACGGGAUGUGCCUGACAUUUAAAAGCACUAAAACAGUAUUGUCGUUGUAACUGGGGUGGGGAGUUUUUUCCAAAACGCUGUGGACGCUUAGACAAAACAUUCCCCUGGUGUAACAUUAUUUUGUCAACCAGAGACUUCAGUUGUGUGCGUUUUUUUAUUUUUUAUUUAACACAUCUUUAUGUCACUGACAAGACAAGGCUUCCUGUAUGUUGUGUAGAUGUGAUGGUGUUUCAGCUAUUAUUUUCUCAUGUCACUAAGCUCUUAACUCAAUCUACUUAAAAUGAAAGACAAAUAUUUUAUUAUGUCAACAAUCCAGCUGACUUGCAAACCUAACUACUAAGGCAGAACGUGACAUUUAUUGUAAUAGUUGUACCACAAAUGACAUGAAGUGCUAUUUUAAAUCCAAACUGAAUGGUUAUAAAGAUAAACUGAAGAUAAUGUGACACCUGUUUAGUUAACUUGCUGUACCUCAACAUCGGUUUAUCAUGGAAAUGCCCCACACAAGUCAUACUGUUGCAUUUUAUGCAUAAUUAACUGUUUUGUCAAUGGAAUUUUGGUGAUUACCAGUUGAAAUGUUGUGUUUCAGCUGGUUUACAUGACUCCGACCUGUGUGUCUUUUACAUGAUGUCAAAUGUAUUGUACCUUUUAAAUGAUAACAAACGGCAAUAAACUCAUUUGAUGGAUGUUGCUAACUAAA